UGCUCGCGCCCCUAGCGCGCCAGUCCCCGGGCUGCAGGGAGCGCAGCGCGCGCGGCCCGGGCCCCGGCCACCGGACGCCCUACCGGACACAACCCUCCUUGGAGCUUGGACAACUGCCCACCUCGGACACUGCACCGGACACUGCCCCCCACAGGGCUGGACACUACAACGGACACUACUUCCCAGCUCCGGACAUUGCUCCCUCCCCCCCACCCCCAGCCCUGGACGCUUCCCCCCCUCCCCCUCCGGGGGCCCAGACUCCGAGCCCCCUGCAGGCUCCAGCUAGCGACCCUCUGCACCCCAGCGCCAGCCACCAUCUCCUCCCACUCCCCCACUCCCUUUUCCUCCUCCCGCCUCAUCUUUCUCCUGCUUGGGUCGGAGCCCCGCCAGUUUCCCCGACCCCCUGCAGCUCGGCCUCGGCUGCCCGCACCCCCAUCCCGCGGCUGCUCGCCCGGAUGCCUCUCCCCGGGGGAUUGUGGUGGCUCCUCUGCUGCCGUCGAGGCUUUACUCUUCUGCACCGGGACUACGGGGACGGCGAGCUUAGCGGGGACGGGGACGAAGACGAGGACGAGGAGACCUUUGAGCUACGGACCCCGAGUCCAGCGGGCGGCGGGAGGGGCCCCCUAGAUGUGACGCUGACUCAGCCUAUGAGGAGUGGGCCAGUUUCAGACAGGCUGCAAAGCUGGGAGGAGACGCGGAGCCUCAUCCCGGAGAAGGGGCCGUCUGAAGACGACCCAGAUGUCGUCGUGAAAGGUUGGCUGUACCGAGAGCCCCGCGGAGGAGGGGCGCGGCCCUGGUUGCCCCCGCGCCGAGCCUGGUUUGUGCUCACCCGGGACUCCCUGGACCAGUUCAGCAGCAGCGGGAAGGGGGCGAGGCGGCUCGGGAGCCUAGUGCUCACCAGCCUGUGCUCAGUUUCCGGCCCUGAGCGCAGACCCAAGGAGACCGGUGAGACCUCCUGGGGAUUCUCCUACCUCCCCAGGCAGCUGCCCCAGGCAGCCCUGAUUGCCCGCCCCCCAUGGCCUCUCUUUCCCCCAGGUCUGUGGUCAGUGACCGUGAGUGGCCGGAAGCACAGCGUUCGGCUCUGCUCGCCUCGCCAGUCGGAGGCAGAGCGCUGGGGGGUGGCGCUGCGGGAGGUGAUUGCCUCCAAGGCGCCUCUGGAGACCCCCACCCAGCUGCUGCUCAGGGACAUUCAGGAGAGUCGUGGGGACCCAGAAGCCGUGGCCCUUAUUUACAGAAGAAACCCAAUUCUGAGGCACACCAGUGGAGCCCUGUAUGCCCCACUCCUGCCUCUGCCCUACGGAGUCACUGCCCCAGGUCCCGGCUACGCACCCUUGCGGGAGGAGGCCGUGAGGCUGUUCCUGGCGCUGCAGGCCCUGGAGGGGGCGCGGCGCCCCGGGCCCCUGAUGCAGGGUGUGCUCCAGACCUGCCGGGACCUGCCCGCGCUCCGAGACGAACUCUUCCUGCAGCUGGCUAAGCAGACCUCGGGCCCCGCGGGGCCCCCCGGGCCGCCAGCUACCCGAGACCCCGCGGCCCUGCGGUACUGGCAGCUCCUCACUUGCAUGAGCUGCACCUUCCGGCCAGGGGGAGCCGUACGGGGACACCUCCUUGGGCAUCUGGAGAGGACUGAGCAGGCGCUCCCGGACUCGGAACUGGCGGAAUAUGCGCGCUUCAUACGGAGAGCGCUGGGCCGGACGCGCGGCCGGGAGCUAGUGCCAUCGCUGGCCGAGAUUUCCGCGCUGAGCCGACGGCAGGAGUUGUUGUGCACCGUGCACUGUCCGGGGGCUGGUGUCUGCCCUGUGGCCAUAGACUCCCACACCACGGCGGGAGAGGUGGCUCGAGAGCUGGUGGGGCGGCUGGGCUUGACCCGGAGCCGUAAUACAUUCGCGCUGUACGAGCAGCGAGGGGCGCAGGAGCGAGCCCUGGCCGGGGGGACUCUCGUGGCCGACGUGCUCACCAGGUUUGAGAACUUGGCGGCGGAGGAAGCCGGGCUGGAGGACCCGCCGGACACCGGUUGGAGACUGUGUCUGCGUCUUCACGGACCUCUGCACCCUGAGGGGCUGUCCCCAGACGGUCACGAACUGCCCUUCCUCUUUGAGCAGGCUCACGCUCUGCUGCUGCGCGGCCGGCCGCCCCCGCCCGACGACACGCUGCGCGCCCUGGCGGCGCUGCGCCUGCAGAGCCUGCACCGGGACUUCUCCCCGCGGGCGCCCCUGCCGCGCCUGGACCGCCUGCUGCCCACCCCGGCCCGGCCACGUGAAGACCCUCCCCGCCCGGUGCCCAGGCCUCCCCCCUCCGCCGCCCUGCUGGCCGGGGCGAUCUGGAGCCCGAGCCUGGCCAAGAGGCGGGCGGAGCGGGCCCGGCACGGCGGGGCCGGCCGCACGGCUGGAAGCGUGGCCCGCGAGGGAGGAGGUGGCGCCGGCAGGGCGGCUGCUGUGCUGGGAGGCUGGAAGCGGCUACGGGGCAUGGGCCGAGCUGAGGCCAUGGCUGCCUACCUGGCUCUGGCGGCGCAGUGUCCAGGGUUCGGCGCUGCUCGGUAUGACGUUCUGGAGCUGAGCACGGAGCCUGGUGGGGGUGCUCCACAGAAGCUAUGCCUGGGCCUGGGAGCCAAGGCCAUGUCCCUCUCGCGGCCCGGUGAGACAGAGCCCAUCCACAGCGUCAGCUAUGGCCGUGUGGCCGCCUGCCAGCUAAUGGGUCCCCACACCCUGGCCUUGAGGGUGGGAGAGAGCCAGCUCCUCCUGCAGAGUCCCCAGGUGGAAGAGAUUGUGCAGCUGGUGAAUGCCUACUUGGCCAACCCCUCCCCCGAGAGGCCCAGCAGCAGCCCUCCUCCAUGCCAAGACCUGCCAGACACCUCCCCUCCCAGCCAGCACCCGGGCCUGGACGAGCCCCAGGGACAGUCUGGCUCUUUGGGGCAGCUGCAGGACUGAGCUUGCCAAGAGGUCACGACCUCCCUCUUGCCUCCAGCCUGGAUCUGGACUACUCUGAGAUUUCAGGGAACCAUGGACCCUUUUGGCCCUGCAGGGACAGGGCAUACCCCACACAUAAGGGCUGCAGUGGGUGCAGACAAUUUUCUAGUUUGUUUCUUAAUUUAUUUGUAGAA